AUGCUGUUGCCGCAGCUGCCUCCCUCCGAAGAGUACCUGGAGGAGAUAGAUCAGCAGAUCGAGAGCUUGCUGGAAAGGUUUUUCAAUGACGCUACAUCAUGGUCCUCGAUCGAGCAGCAGGCCGCCAGUGUUGCACGCUCUCUGGAAUCUUCCAAAGUACCACCAGCCGACGUGCAAUACUUCCGGAUCAAGGUGCCUUCGCCUUAUCCCGGCGUUCAGUAUCGGCGGUCCAUGCGCUUGGAUGACAGGUAUGGGCACUAUGCGAAGCAGGGCCAGGUAGUGGAAGGCCUCGUCGAUGGGCAGUGGCUCCGAAUCUCCGGCAAGAUCUUCCUGCCGCUUACGGUUUCGCUGCCGGCCCCGGGGAUCGGCUUCGUCUCCAUCCUGGAGCCCAUCACGAAGAAGGAGCGGGACCAGGAACGGGCCGCCCGGGCGAACUCCGGGGCGGGCGAAAGUCCUUCAAGCUUCCAGGCCAUCCCCUUCGACACGGAGGAGGGCGGUCCCCGCACGGUCACCGCCCGGGCUCUCCCCGAAGCCAUCUGCACCGCGCCGCUCCAAGAUCCGGAUGCCCUGAGCGAGUUCUGCAAGCAGAACCCCAUCAGCGCCUUCGGGGACACGCCCCGUGGUUCGCGAUGCACCUCCCCGCAGCCCGGCGCACAGGUGUCGAUGCGCGAUGUGAUGAGCUCGUGA